UAGAGAGUGUUUUGUUUUGAAUUUUACGUCCUCAAAAUUAUUGUCUAGUAUCAACUAAAAUUGAAUUACAAUGCAUACCGAUGAAGUUGGAGCUACAGAAGAACGACCGGUCCAGUGGACAUGUAGAUUAUGCCUCACAGACCGAAAGCAACAUGAACCUCUGUUCGAAGAUCAGAACCAUCAAAUGAUUGAAUGGAUUUGUGAACUGACUUCUUUGAAGAUUGAACAUAUAGUCAAUGCACCUGCUUCGUUGUGCUCGGAAUGUAAAGCAUGUCUGGAUGAAUUUGAAUCAUUCCGGGCAAUGUGUCUGGCUAAUGACAAAACUUUUCAAGAGAAAUAUGUUCCAAUAGAUACAACAAACGAGAUAGUUGAGAUUUUUCACGUCUCUGACGAAACCAAAGGGUCGAUUCCGGAAAAGGAGUGUUUGUACACAUGCAUUGAUGAAGAAAUUGUAGAUGGAGGAAUUGCCAACGAACAAAAUGCCAUGGUUGUCGAAAUAGAAACACAACAUUCUUUGAAUAACGAGACCGAGGAAUUCGAGAUAUAUUAUUUGAAUCCUUCCAAAGAAAUUGAGCUCAGCACAAAUCAAAGCGCGUCAGAAGAAAAGGACUUAAAAUCCACAACUGGAGAAACCCCAGGAAAGAAGUUUUGCACAGUUUGCAACAAGUACGUAAACCGGUUGGCUCAACAUAAACUUAUCCACAAAGAAUUUAGACCAUUCCAGUGCGAAUACUGCUCGAAGGGGUUCAACCAAAUGAGUAAUCUCAAGAAGCACGUCAGAUUGCACACCAAAGAAAAGCCCUAUCUGUGCAGUGAAUGCGACAAAGGAUUUACGAAUUCAACCGAGCUGAAAAUUCACGUUCGAAGUCAUACGCAGGAGAAGCCGUUCACGUGUGCUGAUUGCGGCAAAUCGUUCGUCACAUCCGGUCACCUGGUACGUCAUACCCGAACGCACACCGGUCAGAAACCGUACGGAUGCGACAAUUGCAAGGCGAAAUUUUCUACAUCAAGCCACUUGGUACGUCACAAACGACUCCACUCGAUGGAGCAUCCUUACGAGUGUGAUACUUGUGGUGAACGAUUUAUGAGAAGGGAACAUCUGAAGGCCCACAAAUGCAAACCGGUGAAAGUUCAAGGAAAGAGUAAAAUUCAAAUAAUUUAAGAAUGUUUUUGUUUCUAUUACAUUUAAUAUAAAAGAAAUACAUACAAUGGACUGUCUAAUCUA